UUCUUUUUUAAGGUAGCAGCCUAGCAGGAUCAUGGUUUUUCAGUGUUCAAUUACCCUUCGAUGCGAAGGUAGCUUCUCUCCAGAAGAAGCUUCAAGUUAACGCUGCUUACGGCGUCAGGGUCCUCGCCGCCGACACUCUCAUUUCUGAUUGCUUUGACACCGUUUACGAUCUCAUUGCUCUUCUGUUAACUCUCAGAUCUUGAGUCGCUAGGAAAGAUAUGCAAAGUGAAUUAGAAGUGGUGAUAUAGAAGAUUGAUCUGGAAAAUGCAAGGUUUCAGAGCCAAGCUUAGAUUGGCAAUUCUUGUUAUAAUAACCAUAUGGAUCGGUCUACUAGCUUUGUAUGGUUUGCUAAAGCCUAUUUCUAAUGGUUGCAUAAUGACGUAUAUGUAUCCUACAUAUAUUCCAAUUUCUACAAAUGAUGGCGGGUCAUCUGCAAAGUAUGGAUUGUACUUGUACCAUGAAGGCUGGAAAAAGAUUGAUUUCAAUGAGCAUCUAAAACAACUCAGUGGUGUUCCAGUUCUUUUUAUUCCUGGCAAUGGCGGUAGCUACAAGCAGGCAAGAUCCUUGGCAGCUGAAUCUGAUAGGGCAUACCAAGGAGGCCCCCUUGAGCAGACAUUUUAUCAAGAGGCCUACCUGUCUUCUGAGGAGGGAGUGGCUGAUGCAAGUGGAGCUGGGUUUCAUUUACCUAAUCAUUAUGCUAGCAGGCUGGACUGGUUUGCUGUAGACCUUGAAGGUGAACAUUCAGCAAUGGAUGGUCGAAUACUUGAAGAACAUACAGAAUAUGUUGUAUAUGCCAUUCACAAGAUUUUGGAUCAAUACAGAGAAUCUCGUGAUGCUCGAGAGAGAGAAGGUGCUGUAAUCUCUGGUAGUUUGCCAAAAAGUGUGAUAUUGGUUGGUCAUUCUAUGGGUGGUUUUGUUGCUAGAGCUGCAAUUAUCCACCCUCAUUUAAGGAAGUUGGCUGUUGAGACUAUUCUUACACUUUCAACCCCUCAUCAAUCACCUCCUGUGGCGUUGCAGCCAUCAUUGGGUCAUUAUUUUAAACGUGUAAACCAGGAAUGGCGAAAGAGAUAUGAGGUCCAAACAACUAGGACAGGACGUUAUGUGUCAGAUCCAUUGCUAUCUCAUGUUGUUGUUGUCUCCAUCUCUGGUGGUUAUAAUGAUUACCAGGUUCGAUCAAAAUUAGAGUCCCUGGAAGAUAUUGUGCCUUCCACUCAUGGCUUUAUGAUAAGUAGUACAGGCAUGAGAAAUGUCUGGUUGUCGAUGGAACAUCAGGCUAUUUUAUGGUGUAAUCAAUUAGUUGUGCAAGUAUCACAUACUCUCCUUAGUUUGAUAGAUUCCAGAACAGGUCAGCCAUUCCCUGAAACUCAAAAGAGAUUAACGGUGUUUUCAAGAAUGCUCCGUAGUGGGAUACCACGGACUUUCAAUUGGAUGAGGCAAUCACACUCAUCUCAUCAGUCAACUCAUGCCACCAUUAAGGAUAUAAAAAAUGCACUUGGUUCUCAAGUAUUUCCUUCAUCCCAUUGUCCAAGCAAUGUUCACUGGAAUGAUGAUGGUCUUGAGAAGGAUCUAUACAUCCAGACUACUACUAUGACUGUUUUGGCAAUGGAUGGGAGGAGGCGGUGGUUGGAUAUACAGAAAUUGGGUUCAAAUGGAAAAAGCCAUUUCAUCUUUGUGACAAAUCUUGCUCCAUGUUUUGGGGUAAGACUUCAUCUUUGGCCUGAAAAGGCAAAACUGACUUCAGACUUGGCUGCAAGUAAACGGGUUGUAGAAGUAACAUCAAAGUUGGUGAAGAUUCCUUCACGUCCAGCACCAAGACAGAUGGAACCUGGUAGUCAGACUGAGCAAGCACCUCCAUCUGCUGUACUUUGUUUGAGUCCAGAGGAGAUGCAGGGUUUCAGAUUCCUGACUAUCUCUGUUGCUCCUCGUCCGACCAUUUCAGGCAGACCUCCACCAGCAGCUUCCAUGGCAGUUGGGCAGUUUUUUAACCCAGAGGAUGGGGAGAGAGAUUUAUCUGCUCAAUUGAUGCUUCUAUCUACGUAUUCACAAAAGGAAAUAUUUUUGAAAGAGGAUCAUCCCCUUGCUUUCAAUUUAUCAUUUUCUGUUAGCUUAGGCCUUUUGCCUGUUACUUUAUCUCUGAAGACUAUGGGCUGUGGAAUAAAAAGGUCUGGACUUCUUGCUGAAGAGGCUGGAUACAUGGAAAACAGUAGGCUUUGCAAAUUGCGGUGUUUCCCACCUGUAGCACUUGCAUGGGAUCCUACAUCAGGUAUUCACAUGUUUCCUAAUUUGCAUGGUGAAACCAUUAUUGUUGAUUCCUCACCAGCUCUGUGGAGUUCUACCCAGGGAUCUGAAAGAACCACUGUUCUGUUACUGGUUGAUCCUCAUUGUUCGUAUAAAAUGAGCAUUGCUGUUUCUGAAACGGCAGCUGCCAGCCGGUUUUUGCUUUUGUAUAGUUCACAGAUAGUUGGUUUCUCCGUUGCGGUUAUCUUUUUUGCUCUAAUGCGACAGGCACAUGCGUGGGAUCUUGAUCUGCCUAUGCCUUCAAUGCUGACAGCUGUGGAAUCAAAUUUGAGAAUGCCAUUAUCUUUCUUGCUUCUAGGAAUCAUACCCAUUUUGUUUUCCUUGUUCGUUUCCUUGCUAAUGUCUCAACCCCUUCCUCCUUUUGCAAGCUUCAUCACUGUUUCAAUUAUUUGCUAUUUUUUUGCAAAUGGGUCCAUAAUUAUACUGAUCAUUGUUUCCCAACUGAUCUUCUAUGCGGCUGCCAUCAUACAUGUUUUCAUCAAGACAAGGUGGCAAGGAUGGGAAGGAAAUUUUUGCUUAGGAUUUCUUCAUUGGUUUAUUAAUCUUUCCUCCAGUUUCUUUUCAUUAAAGGUUGUAAGGGUUCUAAGAUUCAAUCCAUUGCUUGUAACUGCGCUGACUGCAAUUACGUUGGGAUGCUUUGUUCAUCCAGCUUUGGGUUUAUUCAUACUUCUCUUGUCUCAUGCUUGGUGCUGUCAUAAUGCAUUGUGCAGUUUUUUGACGGCUUCCUUUCGCAGCCAUGCACAGAGAAAGGAACUGUAUGAUUGUAAAGACAGAGGAAAUGAAGGGUCUCAGGAAUUUGAAUUCAAAGUGGAAGAGAACAGUUCUAGUAGUCCUAACCCUUCAAAAAGUUUUGGUGAAACACAAUUGGAGAUCUUCCAUCACCGACAUGGCUUGUUGGUCUUGCAUCUUCUUGCAGCAAUGAUGUUUGUCCCCUCUCUUGCGGCUUGGUUGCAGAGAAUAGGAUUGGGUCAUAGCUUUCCGUGGUUCCUGGAUUCAGCUCUUUGCAUUGGUGUAAUACUUCAUGGUAUCUUCAAUUCAAAACCAGAGAGCAAUUCUCUAUUUUCCUUCCCAGCCAUACUGGGGAAGAAAGUGAGAUUGGAUUUUGUCUACCUGCUUGCUGGCUAUUUUUCCUAUCUCUGUGGUUUGGGCUUGGAGCCAUACAAAGUAUUUUAUGCGAUGGCUGCAGUAGGGUUUCUAUCCUUUGCUUUGAGGACGUUACAAAGCAGGAGGGAGAAGGGAGAACUGCAUUUUGGGAGAAAAAAGCAUUCUCAUAAACAUUAAGUGAGCAUCUUCUGGAAGCCAUACAUAAAUAGAUUCAGAAGGUGGUUGUAUGAUCAUUAUCAUGUCUUCACAAAGACCCCCAUCGCUGAAUAUUUGGAUUCCACUUUAUUUGCAGGCAAGCAAUGUGAUCUUCUACCAUGGCUGAAAGAUGUGGUUUGG